AUCCACCCAUACUCUCACAACCAAUCCUCUAUCUCCCAAUUUCUUGCUGAUUUGGCUCAAAUUAAUUGUUCACAACUUAAUUUCUUGAGCUUAAUACUCUCCAAUGCCAGGAACCAUACAUGUUACAGUUCUUGAAUUCAAGGGAGUCUCAUCUUCUCCAAAGCCUUCUGCAAAAUCCCUCAAAGUUUCGAUGGGGAAGAGGCAGUAUCAGACUUGGGACAAGGGGGACUUCUCAUUCCCCAUAACGAGAAUUCGCGAAAACAUAGUUGUUGCUCUUCUUGAUGCUGGGGGCAAUGAGAUAGCUCAUCAAGAUAUUCGGACAAUGCAGAUCAUUGAGAAGGGAUCUUGGGAUGAGGUUUUCUCCAUCAAUGGAGGUGGGCAUGUGCACUUGAAGCUGGACUUCACUCUCAGUCAGGAUGAUCGCAACCGCAUUCGUGUUAUGAGAGAAUCUGCGAUGAAAAAGAAACUCGAAGCGAAUCCAAGCAUUAAUCUUCGAUUUCUGGAAGCUGUUGCCUCAUCAUCCAUGAAAGAUGAACUGCAAGUCUCAGAUAUAACUACCCCAAAAGUUGAAGCUUCUCAAGCUGGUUCGUCUCUGACCGCUGCUGCUUCCUCUUCCGCCUCACUGUUUAGUCACCAGACGGGUAAAGAGCCUGUCGUUGAUAUUGCAAUCCCAAAUGCUACAGAUGGAAUUCAAGACACUCCAUCUUCUCCUGGUGAACAUGAAAUCAAUGUCGAAUCUGCUCAAGUACUGGAUGAGAAAAUUGAAGCUCCUCGAAUUGCUAGUGUAAGAUCCGACAGUAAGGAUGGACCUUGGUCUGACUUGCCAAGAUCAUCCAUAUCGGAAAAGAAUAGUAUGAUUGCAUCAAAGUUGCAAGAUGAUCAUCUUGUUCAAAUACCUCAGAAACAAGGCCCUGUGCGGAAAACUCCCAGCAAUGUGAGAAAAAUGAUUAGUGCCUUUGAAACUGUCCAAGUUCAGGAAGUGAAAUCAAUGAAGAGAGCAGCAUCUGUACCGUCUCAAAUGAACAUAUCUAGUAAGGAACGGUUCUUGGAAGACCGCGCAACAAAGAGUGUAGUCUCUCCUGCUGAACAAACUUCAACUCAUUCUAAGGAUCCCAACAUGAGAAACUUGCACAAACUGCCAACUAUGGUCAGUGGAAAAGUUUUGAGCAAAUGUGAACCAUCACAAGUCGAAAAUUCUUCAGUUGAUAUAAGGAGGCAAUUAGCUUCAAAAACAGCGACUAGUUCUGGAAGAACGGACGAGGAACAAUCUCAAGAUUCCUCAAGAUUGAUGAAAUCUUCAGCUGCAGAAGGAAGCGGGAGAGGUAGAGGAACCGGCUUGAAGAGCUCUAACACGAUUAACGCUCAAGCGGCUUCAAACCUGAAACGGAAAAACCUAGAUUAUUAUAACAAAGAAGAAUAUGAUUCGGCUCAAACCUCUGGUAUGUGGAUAUUCCCAGAUAACACGAGUCCUUUGUGUAUCACAACUGCAGGUGAGCAUGACAUGAAAAUAGUAGGACAUUAUAACAACAAAGCGAAAACCCAUCAAGCCAACAGCGUUUCUUCAGAGAAACAGAAGAACUCAAUGCAUGAAAAGGAGCAACAGAUGGGAAAGAACUCGAAAAAACUCAAUCACCAGCCAGAAUCAGGAUCUUCUGGCUCUCCAAGUGACUCGUUUAAUGGACUAUUUGGACAAGUGAUCAAAGUUGCAGCGAUUGUAGGCUUUGGAGUACUAGUUCUUCUCACCAGACAAAAGGAACCGUGCAGGAGGAAUCAUAAAGAAGAUAAAGAUAAAGAUAAAGACAAUCUCUUCCAUAUACCAGAGUAUUGUUGAUGACGGAACAUUGAAGCCAUGGACCGGAAAACCAUAAAAGAUCAAUAAACUGUGAGGUGUACUUCUGCAUUGCUCCAUAGACAACAUAUAUAGGUGCAGUUAAAUCUGUGAAAAUCCUAUAAUGUCCUUUGUUUCUUGUAAAGUUGAUCUAAUUUGGAAGCAUGCAUGCCCUUUAGUAUAUGAGCUUUUUCACUAGAACAGUCCAAUGUUGGUGAAAGAACCAAUUUUUACACACAUCUUCAAUUUCAA